ACACAAGUUUUUGAUGAAUGUUCAAACGACACUGUUGCACAGUUUCCUUUCAGUGUGUGAGAGAUUGCUGUCCACUGUGGAGCUCAUUUAACAUAUUGCAAUUAACUGCAUUUUUCUGCGUGAAUGUUUGUUUUUAAUCGAAGGACUACAACGCGGCUACGGCGACCUGUUGCGAUUUACCCUUCUGCGUGGAUCAUGAAACUUUCACCCACUUCAGUUAAAUAACUCACACUAUAAUUUCAAACCUGUCUCUGUGAGAAAGCUGUGAUAACUAACAAUGACCGAGGAAAGCAAAGCCGAACACCGGGCUGAAAGCGGGAAAGAUUUGGAGAAACAGCUCCGUUUGAGAGUUUGUGUUUUAAAUGAACUUUUGAAGACUGAGCGGGAUUAUGUUGGAACGCUCGAAUUUCUCUCGGUAUUCCUGCAUCGACUCAAUCAGUAUGCAGCCAUGAAAGUUGACAAGAACAUCACGGAGGAGACAGUCAAGGUGCUGUUUUCCAACCUGGAGGAGAUCCUGUCGGUGCACCGCCACUUCCUGGCCAUGGUGGAGGAGCUGCUUCAGCCGGAGCCUCAUGCGCACCACGAAGUGGGACACUGUUUCCUCUACUUUAAGGAAAGGCUCCAGAUUUAUGACGAGUAUUGUGGAAACCAGGAGAAGGCUCAGAGGCUGCUGUUGGAACUGAACAAGAUCAGGACGGUGCGCACAUGUCUCCUGAACUGCAUGUUGCUAGGCGGCAGGAAGAACACGGAGGUGCCCCUGGAAGGCUACCUGGUCGCCCCCAUCCAAAGGAUCUGCAAGUAUCCUCUGUUCCUCAGGGAGCUUCUGAAGAGGACCCCAAAGAAGCACAACGACUACGCGCUGGUGCAGGAGUCCCUGCAAGCCAUGAAGGCCGUGUGCUCCAACAUCAACGAGGCCAAGAGGCAGAUGGAGAAGCUGGAGAUGCUGGAGGAGUGGCAGUCCCACAUCGAGGGCUGGGAGGGUUCUAACGUGAUGGACACCUGCACUGAGAUGCUCAUGCAUGGUGUUCUGCUGAAGAUCUCGGCAGGGAACAUUCAGGAGCGCAUCUUCUUCCUCUUCGACAACCUGCUGGUGUACUGCAAGAAGAAGAACAGGCGUUUAAAGAACAGCAAGGCGAGCAUGGAGGGCCCCCGGUACCUGUUUCGUGGACGGAUCAACACAGAGGUCAUGGAGGUGGAGAACGUGGAUGAUGGCACAGCGGACUACCACAGCAGUGGGAACAUCGUCAACAACGGCUGGAAGAUCCACAACACGGCGAAGAACAAGUGGUUCGUGUGCAUGGCCAAGACGCCCGAGGAGAAGCAGGAAUGGCUGGAGGCCAUCUUGAAGGAGCGUGAGAGGAGGAAGACCCUUAGGCUGGGGAUGGAGCAGGACACCUGGGUCAUGGUGUCGGAGAAGGGGGAGAAGCUCUACCAGCUGAUGUGCAAGCAGGGCCACCUCAUCAAAGACCGCAAGCGCAAGCUCACCACCUUUCCCAAGUGCUUCCUGGGCAGUGAGUUUGUGUCCUGGCUGAUGGAGAUCGGGGAGACGGAUAACCCGGAGGAGGGGGUGCACCUGGGCCAAGCCUUACUGGAGAACGGCAUCAUCCACCACGUGACAGACAAACACCAGUUCAAGCCCGAGCCAGUGCUCUACAGGUUCCGCUAUGACGACGGCACGUACCAUCCCCGGAGCGACAUGCAAGAUGUCAUCUCCAAGGGUGUCCGGCUGUUCUGCAGGCUCCAUAGUUUAUUCACUCCAGUGAUCAGAGAUAAAGACUACCAUCUGAGAACAUACAAAUCCGUUGUGAUGGCAAACAAACUAAUCGACUGGCUCAUUGCACAGGGUGAUUGCCGGACCAGGGAGGAAGCUGUGAUUCUGGGGAAGGAGCUGUGUGACAACGGCUUCAUGCACCACGUGCUGGAGAAGAGCGAGUUCAAGGAUGAGCCGUUGUUAUUCCGCUUCUUCGCCGACGAAGAGAUGGAGGGAUCCAACACCAAACACAAGCUCUUGAAGCACGACCUGAAAAUAGCCGAGAACGUCAUCGCCAAGUCCCUGCUGAUCAGGCCCAGUGCUGGAGGUUACGGCUUCACUCUUGAGGACCGCAACCGAGUGCCCAUCAUCAAGUCUGUGGAGAAGGGCUCACAUGCAGAGAUGGCAGGUCUGGAGGUGGGGAAGAAGAUCUUCGCCAUCAAUGGGGACCUGGUAUUCCUGCGGCCCUUCCAGGAGGUGGACAGCCUACUGAAGCAGUGCUUCAAUAGCAAGGGCCCCAUCCGGGUGCUGAUCAGCACCAAACCCAGAGAGACGGUGAAAAUCCCCGACUCAGCAGAUGGCCUGGGCUUUCAGAUCCGCGGCUUCGGCCCGUCUGUGGUGCAUGCAGUCGGCAGAGGUACAGUGGCAGCGUCUGCAGGCCUCCACCCAGGCCAGUGCAUCAUCAAGGUAAACGGCAUCAACGUCAGUAAGGAGAGCCACGCGAGCGUCAUCGCACAUGUCACAGCCUGCAGGAAGUACCGUCGGCCAACACAGCAAGAUUCCAUAAAGUGGGUGUACCAUAAUAGUGAGAAUGGACAGGAGGAGCAGCAGAGGGUCAGCCAGAAGCCGGUCGCCGAGGACAACGGGGACGUGUUUGAUUGUAAAGUGGAAGAGGUCAUGGAUAAGUUCAACACCAUCGCUCUGAUCGACGGCAAGAAGGACCACGUGAGCCUGACGGUGGACAACGUGCACCUGGAGUACGGGGUGGUGUACGAGUACGACAGCACGGCGGGGAUCAAGUGUCACGUCCUGGAGAAGAUGGUGGAGCCCAAAGGCUUCUUUAGCCUCACAGCCAAGAUCUUGGAGACCCUGGCACGGAACGAUGAGCAGCUGGUCCAGACCUGCACUCGCCUGAGCUCCAGCACGGAGCUCAUCCCUGAGGACCUGCAGGCCAGGUUCAGCGCCAUGUGUGGGGAGAGGCUCGAGCAUGUCGGACGCCGCGUCACCAACUACCGCAAGUUCUCGCGGGUGCUGAAGAACCGAGCCUGGCCCACAUUCAAGCAGGCCAAGACCAAGGUGUCUCCGCUGCACAGCAGUGACUUCUGUCCCACCAACUGCCACAUCAACGUGAUGGAGGUGUCCUACCCCAAGACCACCACCUCGCUGGGCAGCGCCUUCGGGGUCCAGCUGGACAACAGGAAGAACUCCACGCUGGAGAAGGGUAUCCGCAACACAGAGCAAGGGAAACUGGGACCCAUGGUGUACGCCCAGCACACCAUCACCACUAUGGCUGCCCCCUCGGGGCACAGCUUGGGCCGGACGGAGGGGCACGGCCUCCGCUUCCUGCUCCGCGAGGACGACCUGCUAACGCUGGACGCCUACCAGAAGCUCCUCAGCAAACUGACCACCGUCAUCAAGGAAAUGGAGAGUCACGCUGCCCAGAUUCACGACCUGCUCUCCUCCAUCACCAACCCUACGAGUUCUGAGGUGAAGCCGUCGGAGACUUACAUAUCGGCGGAGAGCGAAGGCGAGAGGGGCGAACGCAACGGGAAGAAAGUGUGUUUUAACGUGACGACGGGAGACGAGCAGGAGGACUCUGGUCACGACACCAUCAGUAAUAGAGACUCAUACAGUGACUGCAACAGCAACAGGAACUCCAUUGCCUCCUUCACCAGCAUCUGCAGUAGCCAUUGCAGCUCGUAUGUGCACAGCGACGAGAUGGACUCAGGGGACGAGAUGCCGGCCAGUGUGUGGAUCUCCCACGACAAGCAGAAGAAGCUCCAUGGGUUUCUCGAGCAUCUGUUCAGCCAGGUUGAGUCAAUAACCAGCUUGCUGAAAGGAGCCGUUGUCGCCAAGGCCUUCGAGCAAACAAAGUGCUUCACCCCGAACCGAGGACUACAAGAGUUCCACCAGGAAAUGGAGCCGAGGGUGAACUGUACCAAGAAGCUGCGGCAGCACGUCAAGCAGGACCCCUGGAACCUGCCCAGCAGCGUCCAGGCCCUCACGCAGACCAUUGCCAAGUUUGUCGAAGAGGUGAAGACGCGGCUGCUGUUGGUCUUGCUGCAGUACACAGACUCCGAGGCCCAGUUGCGGAGGGACAUGGUGUUCAGCCAGAGCCUGGUGGCAUCGGUCUGCUCCUUCUCGGAGCACCUGCUGGCCGUGCUCAACCAGGCGCUGGGCAGUGAGAGCGAGGCCCAGGAGGCCAGCCGCCGCUGGCUGGACCAAAUCGCCUCUGCUGGUCUGCUCUUCCACUUCCAGUCCCUGCUCUCCCCAAACCUGACACGCCCAUCUCUUACCAGGUGGAGGGGACGCGGCAGGCCCUGAAGGUCUGCUUCUACCUGGAGGGCUUCUACUUCGAGCAGCUGCCCCUCAGGCUCAGGAGCGGGGGAGGCGUCAAGAUCUUCCCCGUCCUCUUCACCCAAGCUCUGGAGAGCAUGGAAGGCUACUACUACCGGGAUAGCGUCUCAGUGGAGGAAUACCAAGCCCAGAUCAACACACAGUCUCUGGAGAAGGUCAAGCAGUACUACAAAAGACUUAGGUCAUUCUAUCUGGAUAAAUCCAACCUGACCCCCAGCUCUGCACCCAAAGCUGCCUUUAUUGACAAGCUGAUGCGUCCGUUGAAUGCUCUGGAGGAGCUGUACCGUCUGAUGGAGAGCUUCAUCUCCACGCGGCGGACGGCGGAGUGCCAGUUCACCCCGUGCGGAGCCUCAGGUGUGGGGCUGCUCUCCGUGGCCUCCGAGCUCUGCGCCCGCCUCGGCGCCUGCCACAUCGUCAUGUGCAACAGCGGCGUGCACAGGUGCACCCUGAGUGUGACGCUGGAGCAAGCAAUCCUACUGGCCCGUAACCAUGGCCUCCCCCCACGUUGCAUCAUGCAAGCCACCGACGUCAUGAGGAAACAGGGAGCCAGAGUGCAGAACUCCGCCAAGAACUUGGGAGUGAGAGACCGCACCCCGUCCACUGUGCCAAGAUUGUAUAAGCUUUGCCAGCCACCGCCCCCAGAUGGUGACCCAUGAACCCUCUCGCGUCCUGGGCAGAGCUGGAUCUCAUUUUUGUCCUGCCCCAUACAGACACAUACCUCUCCCUCUCCCUCUUCCUGUCUUUCUAUGCCCUUUUCCCUCCCUCUCUCUCUCUCUCUCUCCCUCCCUCUCUCUCUCUCUCUCUCUCUCUCUCUCUCUCUCUCUCUCUCUCCCUUCCUCUCUUCCUUUUCCCUUGCUGCCUGAACUCUGUCUCCAGCCCCAGUCCAGUCUACAUCCAGUCUACAUGUGGAGCACCACAGCUGCUAUGUGGAAGUUGGGUCUGUGUCCGCUUUCUUUGUCAAGCUACAUUGCAGUGCAUCUCAUUGUUAUUUGGCCUUUUUCCAAUACAAAAACAUACACUCAUGUAGUUAAUGUAGCCAAACCCCCCUCGAAACAGCUGUGGAAGACAGGAAAUGAUUUGAGUAUGCUGGAGACCCGUAAGAGGCUCUUUUGAAUAGAGAGGGUUUUAUUUUCUCUGUGUGGAUGUCACUACGCAUGUGGAGAGGUCCCAGGCAGAAGUGCUUGUCUGCUGAAGCAUUUGUUCAGUUAUGUGCUGGCAAUUUUUCUUUUUUCUUUCUUUUUUUUUUUUUUUUUGUUUU